GCCACUUUAAAGCAGAGCUGGAGGUGACAGGCGAGCGAGCUGGGUCGGCACUGCAGCCGCGGCUUUCAGUGCUCGCGGCGGCGGAAUGGCCCGUGCGCCGCUCGCCGCGUCCCCGGCCUGCGACCCCUAGACGCCGAGCCCGCCUGCGCUCCGGCCCCGCGAACGCUGCCGCGAGCCGGCCGUGCGCGACCGGCGCCCGGCGUCCGCUCGCUCGGGCUGCCCGUUCAGGAUUUUUAGACUCUGAGGAGCAGUUGGAGCUAAUCCACAUCAUGGAAAUGGAAACCACUGAACCUGAGCCAGACUGUGUAGUGCAGCCUCCCUCUCCUCCUGAUGACUUUUCAUGCCAAAUGAGACUCUCUGAGAAGAUCACUCCGUUGAAGACUUGUUUUAAGAAAAAAGAUCAGAAGAGAUUGGGAACCGGAACCCUGAGGUCUUUGAGGCCAAUAUUAAACACUUUGCUAGAAUCUGGCUCACUUGAUGGGGUUUUUAGAUCUAGAAACCAGAGUGCAGAUGAGAGCAGCUUACAUGAACCUCUGGUGAAAAAAACCCUGGAAAUCAAUGCAUCGUGUCCAUCAGCAGAAAACAAUAUGUCUGUCCUGAUUCCGGAUAGGACCGAUGUCGGGGGCCAGAUAGCAGAAGCCCAUCCUUCCGCUGAUGCUCCAGAACAAGUGGUUGCAAUCCAGGAUCACAGCUUUCCCCCGGAAACCAUCAGUGGGACAGUGGCAGAUUCUGCAGCAGGGCACUUCCAGACUGAGCUUUUGCACCCGGUCUCAAGUGAUGUUCCUGCGAGUCCUGACUGCAUAGACAAGGUCAUGGAUUACGUUCCAGGGGUUUUCCAAGACAACAGUUUUACAAUCCAGUACAUUUUGGACACCAGUGAUAAGCUGAGUACUGAGCUCUUUCAGGACAAAAGUGAGGAGGCUUCCCUUGACCUUGUGUUUGAGCUGGUGAACCAGCUACAGUACCACACUCACCAAGAGAAUGGAGUUGAAAUUUGCAUGGACUUUUUGCAAGGCACUUGUAUUUAUGGCAGGGAUUGUUUGAAGCACCACACGGUCUUGCCAUAUCAUUGGCAGAUCAAGAGGACAACUACUCAGAAGUGGCAGAGUGUAUCCAAUGAUUCCCAGGAGCACUUGGAAAGAUUUUACUGUAACCCAGAGAACGAUAGAAUGAGAAUGAAGUUCGGAGGACAAGAAUUUUGGGCAGAUUUGAAUGCCAUGAACGUAUAUGAGACAACUGAAUUUGACCAACUACGAAGGCUUUCCACACCACCCUCUAGCAAUAUCAACUCAAUUUACCACACAGUCUGGAAAUUCUUCUGUAGGGAUCACUUUGGAUGGAGAGAGUAUCCUGAGUCUGUUAUUCGAUUGAUUGAAGAAGCCAACUCUCGGGGUCUGAAGGAGGUCCGAUUUAUGAUGUGGAACAACCACUACAUCCUCCACAACUCAUUCUUCAGAAGAGAAAUAAAAAGGAGACCCCUCUUCCGCUCCUGUUUCAUACUGCUUCCAUAUUUACAGACACUUGGUGGUGUUCCCACACAGGCUCCCCCAGCUCUUGAAGCAACCUCAUCAUCACAAAUGAUCUGCCCAGAUGGGGUCACCUCAGCAAACUUUUACCCUGAAACUUGGGUUUAUAUGCAUCCAUCUCAGGACUUCAUCCAAGUGCCUGUUUCUGCAGAGGACAAAAGUUAUCGAAUCAUUUAUAAUCUUUUUCAUAAGACUGUGCCUGAGUUUAAAUAUAGAAUUUUGCAAAUAUUAAGAGUCCAAAACCAGUUUCUCUGGGAGAAAUAUAAAAGGAAAAAGGAAUAUAUGAACAGGAAAAUGUUUGGCCGUGACAGAAUAAUAAAUGAGAGACAUUUAUUUCAUGGAACGUCCCAGGAUGUGGUAGAUGGAAUCUGCAAGCACAACUUUGACCCCCGAGUCUGUGGAAAGCAUGCUACAAUGUUUGGACAAGGCAGCUAUUUUGCAAAGAAGGCAAGCUACUCGCACAACUUUUCUAAGAAGUCCUCCAAAGGAGUCCAUUUCAUGUUUCUGGCCAAAGUGCUAACUGGCAGAUACACGAUGGGCAGUCACGGCAUGAGGAGGCCCCCUCCCGUCAAUCCCGGCAGUGUCACCAGUGACCUGUAUGACUCUUGUGUGGAUAAUUUCUUUGAGCCUCAGAUUUUUGUCAUUUUUAAUGAUGACCAGAGUUACCCUUAUUUUGUUAUCCAAUAUGAGGAAGUCAGUAACACUGUUUCCAUUUGAAAAAUCUUGGUACUGCUAAAUUGUUUGAUAUGAACUCAAUCCAGCAUUCGUAGCAGGUUUUGGAUAGGUGGGACAGAGUCAGGAACAGCAUUGGACAUUAAUAGAGCACUUUUAAGGCCCAUUUUUUUAAGUGCUAGAAAAUGAAAUUUUUUUUAACAAAUAUGCGUUUUAAAAUGACCAGAUAUUCUUUAAUUAUUUACUAAUUGUUGUUAGUGUACUCAGUGUGGAAAAGACUACAGAUUGCAUACUCUUUUCAUUCACACAUGUACAUAUAGGCAGCAAUGUUAUUAGAAGCAUUU